AUGUCUAUGGUUCCGAUACUGUUCCGUGACUGGUGGGACGAUGUGUGGGACUCUCCGCUGCGUAGUUCUCGACUAAUGGAUCAGCAUUUUGCCACCGGGCUGCUGGCGGACGACUUAUUCAGCGCGGUAACAACCUGCCCAAGGGGACCGCCUUGCCGUAGCAGACAUGGUCACUAUCAUCGGCCAUGGCGUACGGUACGGUCACAUCACGACACCGGAUCGUUCGUAGAUUUGGACCAUUGCAGGUUCCAGAUCAACCUGGAUGUGCAGCAGUUUUCUCCAGAUGAGCUAAGUGUCCGAAUGGUGAAUGAUACGGUUGUAGUCGAGGGGAAGCACGAGGAGAAGCAGGACGAGCAUGGACUCGUGUCGCGACACUUUGUCCGCAAAUAUGUGCUACCAAGUGGCCACGAGCCAGAGGAUGUUGUCUCAUCUCUUUCGUCGGAUGGUGUUCUGACUGUCACUGCGCCAAAAAAGGUAGAGCCUCCAGCUGCCAACGAACGGGUGGUUCCGAUUACGCAAACUGAUGAGUUCGUUAUGGACGGCAAAAGCGAUAAAGGGCAGAAGGAUACUGAUGCAUCGAAUUAA